AGCACGUCACUGGCACCUUUUCCUUUUUCUGCUUUUCCUAAACAAAAUCUAUUGUAGCUUUGGCCUUACGAAUUUGUUCUGAAUUCUGCAUAUUUUAUGCUCUGGGUUGAAAUUAAAGCAUAAAAUUUGCCCCAAAUCGAUGUGCGUUUGCCUCUGUUGGUAUUUCGUGGCGCUCGAAACAGCUUCGAUUUGUUCGAGUUCCUGUUAAGGUUAUUUUCCAUGCCUAGUUCAACCUGGUCGGAAGUGUGGAUUGUUCUUUGUUGCUGCAGUCCCAAAGCUGAAGAGAACAAAACAUAGUAGUUAAGCUGCAAUUUAUUCUCAUUCUGCACGUAUUUUGUUACAAGAACGGACUGAAACAAGCAAGAUUCAUGCCAAAGAUCUGGUCGGCAAUGCUUUUCAGCGGACCUUUUCAUUCAUAAGGGGAUUGAAAGAAGAGGAAGGAAAUUGGACAGAUUAUUGCAUGUAAUAACACUCUUUUAAGGGGAGGGUACAACCUAAAUUGGUGUCAUGUCAUGCUCUACACAUUCAGUCUAAUGUUGAACUGCUAUAGGGUGAAGGAAACAAGCGUCUUGGCAGCAACUGGCAUGAUUUCAGCUGAAUGUUACCCUAGCCAUUUGAUACAUCAACAUCACGAUAUAAAAUAAGCCCCUCGAUGUGCUAUCUUGCAGCGGUUGUCCAAUUUGAUUGCUUGUUUCUCUGGUUUUAGAAUUCAGCAAUAAGUGAAGGAAAGGAAAAUUACCUAUUGAGAGUGACACUAUCUGAGGAAAAUAGUGGAAGAAGGUUGUGGAAGACCAUAGACUGUAAGCAAGGAGAUGAGAGAGAUUAUAAAUAUUCAUAUAGGACAGGCUGGAAUCCAAGUGGGAAACACUUGCUGGGAACUAUUUUGUUUAGAGCAUGACAUUCAACCUGAUGGUUUCAUGUCUAGCGAUGAGAUGAUCAGGGGAAUAAACCAUGCACAUAGCACUUUCUUUAGUGAAACUGGACGUGGAAAGUAUAUUCCCAGAGCUCUGUUUGUUGAUCUUGAACCAACAGUCAUCGAUGAGAUUAGAACAGGGCCAUAUAGGCAACUGUUCCACCCUGAACAUCUUAUUUCUGGAAAGGAAGAUGCAGCUAACAACUUUGCUCGAGGCCAUUAUACUGUGGGCAGAGAUGCAUUAGAUACUUGUCUAGACCAAAUAAGGAAGCUCUGUGACAAUUGCAGCAGUUUGCAAGGGUUUUUAGUUUUCAAUGCUGUUGGAGGAGGUACUGGGUCUGGACUAGGAUCAUUACUCCUGGAACAUCUUUCUAUUGAAUACGGCCGAAAAUCAAAGCUAGGAUUUACUAUAUAUCCUUCUCCUCAGGUUUCCACUGCUGUUGUAGAACCAUAUAACAGUGUACUUUCAACUCAUUCUCUAUUGGAGCACACGGAUGUGGCAGUACUUCUUGACAAUGAAGCCAUUUAUGACAUAUGCAAGCGAUGUCUGAACAUAGAAAGACCUUCGUAUCAAAACUUGAACAGACUUGUGUCACAAGUUAUAUCUUCAAUAACAACCUCUUUGCGGUUUCCAGGAGCCUUAAAUGUUGAUAUAACUGAAUUUCAAACAAACCUUGUCCCUUUCCCUAGGAUUCAUUUUAUGCUUUCGUCAUAUGCGCCAAUAGUAUCUAAAGAGAAAGCCUUUCACGAAACUUUGACAGUGAAGGAGAUUACUAAUUCUGUGUUCGAGGCCAAUAGCAUGAUGGCCAAAUGUGAUCCCAGGAAAGGGAAAUACAUGGCCUGCUGCUUAAUGUAUAGAGGGGAUGUGGUGCCAAAGGAUGUUAAUGGAGCAGUUUCAUCAAUCAAAGCAAAACGCACUGUACAAUUUGUAGACUGGUGUCCAACAGGUUUCAAAUGCGGAAUAAAUUACCAGCCACCUACAGUUGUACCUGGAGGAGACCUAGCUAAAGUUGCAAGGGGCGUAUGCAUGAUCAGCAACAAUUCAGCAGUUGCAGAGGUAUUCUCCCGCAUUGAUCAUAAAUUUGAUCUAAUGUUUGCCAAGCGUGCUUUUGUCCACUGGUAUGUUGGUGAAGGCAUGGAAGAAGGUGAAUUUUCUGAAGCCAGGGAGGACUUGGCCGCUUUAGAAAGGGACUACGGAGAAGUCGCUGCAGAUGAUUUAGAUGCUGACGGUGAGGAAGGAGAUGAAGAUUUUUGAUCUUCUAUCCUCACUAUUGAGUUACAUUCUUUAGUAACCUUAAGCUUAUCUCCAUGUUGUAUGGUUGCAUCUCUUGCAGAUGUGUAUAAUUACUAUUUCCAUCCCUUUCUGUUAACAGAUGAUUUAUGUCUUGAUGUUCAGUAAUACAAGUAAUUCUUAAGACAGUUAAAAA